AUGGAUCGGGUCAACGUCGUUUAUCCGCCCAAGCCGUUCGCGUUAUCUGCAGCGGAUGCUGUUUCCUUGGAGCAUUUAGCAGACCAGCUCGUAGCGGAGACCUUACGCACACACGACGACUUUGUCUCUCAAGGACGUAUCGUCGACCCAACUCGAUGGAAGGUCGUUAAGGAGAAACACAACAUGACGGCGUAUCGGACACGAAAGCGUGCGUCCACCAGGUUUCGGCGGGACCGCGUCUCAAGCGACGAGACCGAAGCCGUCGCGGCGUCUCCUCAAAUGCCGUCGUUCUACCCUGUUAUGGACAAGAAAAUGGAACACGCGUUAUCGGAGACGUAUCCGAGCGUCACGUUCUUAGAGGCCGACUCAGAAGAUGAGCUAGAGCAUGACUUCAGUUAUGUAGACGUGCUAGAACAGAAUGUGUUGGAGAAAUCCAGACCCGACCGGGUCCCGCUGGUGUUCUGUACGGGCGUCGUACCGGGUACAGUCGAAGACGCCGCAUUAGGCUUCUUUGCAGACACCGAGCAACGCAGCAGGAUGAGGAAUUCCAGAACCAAAGAGGUAGCCACCGACGAUACGAGGAUCCUAGCACGGCUUCAAGGACCUACACAAGACGACCCGUUCCGUUUCUUAGGAAUAAAGUGGUGUGUACAGACUACGCGAGGCGCCGCUGGACGCUUCAUCAAGCCUCGAGACUACGCCGUGCUCGAGUCCACCGGCAUGGCACUCGAUUCAGACGGCAAACGGUUCUCGUACAUUCUAAAUCAUUCGAUCGAGUUGGACGAAGUGCCAGACUUUAGAAGUUUCGGCAACGUGAGGAUUGUAUUCUCCGCCUGCCAUAUUGUGAUGCCACAUUCGACUGGAGCGAUCGAGACCUUCAGUCGGGGAUUCAUGGACACCCGUGGAUACAUUUCCGAGCGGCUGUGCACGUACAUGUAUUGCGACGGGUUGAUGACGAUACCUCAAACCGUCGAAGAGGCGUACACCAAGAAGCUACUGUGGUUGUUCCAGGCACAACGUCGAGCAGACCGAAGUCGCCGACUGGCUUCGCUGCAGGUUUCCGACAUGUGUCCGUGUUGCCAUCAGAAAUUGCACACGGGGUUUGCCAAACUCUUGGACGGGAACUGCAUGUGCCAACUCUGUAGGAAAACCAUGUGCCGCAAAUGUACGGUCAAGAAGACGUUACCGAUUGAUAUCGAGAAGACGAACAAGGCCAUGGAUUUCUGUCUGAGUUGCUAUCUCGAAGCCAAGAACCUACCAGCGUGGCACGUGGCAAUGGCGACGCGUGCGUUGACCACAUAA